AUGGCCACAAGAUCAUGGUUUCGGCGUUCAUCGAACAUGUGGCUGCAGAUGGCUGGUCUCGUGCCCGUGUCGUUAUACUUCCUUAUGAAUGUGUGUGUCGCGUUCGUGCCGUCUGAAUGGUGCUGGGGCUGGACUACAUUCAUGAUCCGCUCCCCUGGCUCCGUGAACAGAGUCGAGGUACAGGGGGUUCGCAGCGGAGUCAAAGUGGACGACAUUAGGAGAUUCGUUUGUUCAUACUUGCAGGCGCACCAAUCUUAUAUCGUCUAUUCUGACAACUGCCAGGCCUACGCUCAGGCAUUGGAAGGAUACGUGCGCAACGGUGGACAACCACAGCUGCUCAAACAGACAUUUGUAAACACAAUUGUCUCGCCAUACCUGACUCGCCUGUUUGCGUAUGUCAAUAUAGUCACUACUCUUUCUUCAGUGGUUCUUAUGGUUCUCAUUAUGGUUGUGGACAAGCCGGGGGGGGGGGAGAACGCCAAUAACCUUGCCCUGGCGGCACGCUUGAAAAAGGGUUGGCAUGGUUCACAAUCUGAGAGGCACUGGCAGCCGUGUUGCAUUUUUUUUCAACUUUGCUUCAAUGUGGUCUCAGGUGUUAUGAUAAUUGCAAUGGGAGAUGUAAACCUGUUACCUGUCUGUGUCGCAUUGUUCAUGUUUGGGCUCUGGUUCGCGUGCAGUGACUUCUUCUUCGGUGUGACACCGAGGGUGAAGCAGGGCGAUGGCACGUUCCCAGAGCCCCUCGUUCCGCCAAUGGCCGCGCAUCCAGAGGAGGAGAAUCUCAAGUGCGUUGUGAUGAGCAAAGCAAUGUUCUGGAUGGUUAACUUCUACGUGAUCGCGUAUCCCAUCGUGGCCGUCCUCUACUGCAGGCUACCUGACGUCAGUGCGGACAUGCAUAGGCGGAACCACAAGAUAAAGAUCAUGGAGUUCUUGCUGUCGCUUUUCUGGAGCGUGGCGUUCUCACACCUGCUGUACAAGUGCAUCGUGGAGAGGAUGAAGGAUGCGCAAGGCAGUCGCAUGCAUUCGGCUCCAUCUUACGGCACACACUCCGUGCAGCGCCAGAUGCACGUCGGCGAGGAGUACGACCGAAGGCAGCACCCCGAGCAUGACGGGUACGACAGGAACCAGCGGCACCACUACGUCCAGCUUGUUGGCGAGCAGUACGACCGAGAGCAGCACCACGAGUACGACGAGUACGAGUACGACGAGGACGACGAGCACGAGAGAACAGCAUAA